AUGCCGCGUCUUUUCGGCAGCCUAGGUCGCUCCUCAAAGGAAGGCCGUGGUUAUACCAGCCAGUACGCUGACGGGUACGAUGCUCCCCAAGGAUACUAUAGCUCCUAUGGGUUCGACGAGCAGGAACCGCGGCAGAACUCGACCUGGCGUAAGGUGUUUUCGAAGAAACCGUCCAAAAGAAAUUAUCUCAGUAGACAGCUGCAAGAUGAGACUGAUCUGUACGUCUCGAAUGGACAGACGGCGUUUGCGCCAGGCAGAAACUACCGCACGACUGUCGAAGACUACCCGGAAGAGCAGCUAACCCGACGGUUACGUGGGCCGCUGCCGACAGACGACACAGAAUCGUUCGACGAGCUCGCCGCAGACCCGCGCCGUAGCGACAACAUCGUGCCGCUCAUCCAGCGCGAGAGCUCGCUUAUGCGCAUCGGACACGCGUUCGAGGACAACGGCACGUAUGCCCCUGCCCUUUCUGCAGUGCCUUCUGCGGCCCUCCCUCCGCAUCAGCACAGCGUCCCACUGUACGCACCGCAGCCGGUGCCGGGCAUGCAGCCGCAUGUCGGCGCAGUGCAUGACAUGCACGGCCCUGCUGUGGUGCAGAACAUGGCGCCUCCACGGAACAACAGCGUCCGGCCGGAUAUAGUUAAUCAUGCGUCUUCGUACCUCGGACGCGAUCAGCCGAUUCAUAGACGGCAGGAGCGGGAUAGGAGUGCGCCACCAAGGGUGAAGCCACUUAAGGAUCACCCAGCAUACUGGGAGAAGCCCCUCGACAGGGAUGAAGAGCCCCCAGUUGUGGUCGUGGUCGAGUAUGGGAAGAAUGGGAAGAAGGACAAGUACUACAUCAUUCCUGCCGGAGCGCCGGUCGUGUUCGAAGAUGAGAACGGAAACGAGCUUACACGUGUUGGCGACUUCAGCGGAAAGUACAGGCCUCCUAGGCGUCCGCGGCCGGUGAUCGUCCAGGAUCAGUAUGGCCGGGAGAUCUGUCGGGAGCACGGCUCACACCACGGUUCCUCCCUCUCCUCUUCGCGCCCAUACGCGGGUCCAGCCCCUGACUCCUACCUGAGGGAUCCACACUAUCAGUAA